AUGGCAAUCUCCUGGGAUUCCAUCCGCUCCAUCCUCCUCUUCUUCGGGCCCAUCCUCCUCCCCAAAGCCAUAUCAUGGUAUCGCUCCAUUCGCUCCGCCUCCCACGGCCUCCCCAUCCAGCCGACCCCUCCGCGCGUCCGCAUGGCGCUCACCCUACUCUUCACCCUCUCAACAAUCUACCUCGUCAAGACGCUGCCUCUCUUCGCGCCCGAGAACCUCUUCACCCGUACGCAGAGCCGUCUCCAAAUCCCCGUCGACGUGCUCUUCAACCGCCUAUCCGCCAUCCGACCCUCCAAUAUCCUCACCACAAGCGAUCACGUCCUACGCGCCAAGUUCGUCAACCUAGAAAGUCGCCUCCUCUACCUACAAUUCGGCCCGCAAGUCCUCUUCGAGUGCCCGUUCUGCAACUCCGACGAGCCAAAGAGCUACUUCUACUAUGCUCUCCCGUCCAUCAUCUGGCCGCACUUGGCGAACCUCAUCGUCAUAGCCGUCAUUACUAGCCCUUCUCUCACGGGGAAGCACGGCUCCCAAUGGCGAACCCUCGCGACCAUUGCGUCCUUCACCCUCGGCAGCCUGGAAGCGUAUAUCGUCGGCUCGUAUGGAUACCAGGCCAAUGCGAGGGCGUUGCGCCUCACCGAAGUAGACUUCUUCUUCUGGUCCAUGCGGAACUAUAGACUCAUCGCGCUGGCUGUGCUUGACGCCGCGUUGGGAUGGGUCAUGUAUUUGUCGUCUACGAACAGGGCGUUUGUGCAGCUACCGACGGCGGCGGAGCGCAUUGAUCACGUUACGAGGGGUCUGUUGACGGUCAAGAGCAGAUUGAGCGCCAUUGGUAUUAUUAAUAAUACUGCUAUGCGGGAUGAGGAGCUGCGGAGUAGGAGUCAGACGUAUUGGGGUCAUGAGGUCCGGCUGAUGAGGGAGGUGAUGGAGGAUAGGGAGGUGAUUGAGGGUGUGAAUGAUGCGUUGGGCAAUAGGAUUGAUAUUGAUUCUAUUUCAAAGGAUGCGGCGAGCUAUACGGAUAGUGUGCUGGAGCCGUUGCGGCAGCUGCAACAAGAGGAAUAA